UUCAUGACCGAAGAGACAUGGAAGGAAAACAUCACAAGGUGGGCCGCAAUCGAUUGGCGGGGGCCCCGCUCCGUCUCCGCCUCCGCAUGAAAUCGGGCAUUUGGAAGGAAAGGAAAGCAAAGUAAAGGCAAGGCGACGCACGACCUGGAAUCUCACCCCUCAGCACGGUCCACGCGCCCGGCUUCAAUCUGCGAGAUUGUUGCAAUGGGCCAGAGCGGCUAGGUUGAGCCUCAUUGCUAAAGAAGAGAGGGGUCCUGAGAGGGCCAGCUCCCGUCGAAUCGACGGAUGAUGAAUAAUGCAUGCCGGACGCAGCCCGCCCGCCAUCCAGCCAGCCAGCCCGCUGCUGCUGCUGCUGCUGCACCUCGACGGGCUUGGCCAAGUCGUGGUUGCGAAGCAACUCAGACGCAUUCCCAACGAGGAAACAUCCCACGGCGAGAUGUGUCAUGAGAGAAAGCUGGCCAAUAUGUGAAUUCGGCACUGACGUGGCACUGAUCUACCGAUGCCGCCCGUCACUAUCCUCGUCGAGGCCAUCGGCCGAGGGCACGCGCGGGGGUGAUGGUCCUGGCGGGGAGCGCCUCUCCUUCUCCCGAUGGUGCCCACCAUCCACGUCUACCAUCCCCCCCAGAGGCAAUAGAGGCAGGCCAGCCGCCGAGAUAAACGCCCCAGCGCUGGCCCUGGCUGGGCUAGGCCAAGGAUCUGGUAUUUCCUCGUCCAUACGCACCUUGCUUAGACUCAGUCAGCACACCACCUCGAAAUUAAUGCUGCUACCAGUCCGGCUGGAUGCGAAUAUAACGCCUCGACGGGCAGGCCGGGAUACCAGACUGCGGCGUUGCAGUUGGGUUCGCUCGCUGCCCUGUCUGCAAUUAGAAUUUCGAGAGCGUGGCCGUAACCUAUACUACAGUGCGGCCUGUUUCGAUGAAGACGCGCGCAGCUUGCAAACCCGUCUCUCAAUUUACGCCUAGCUUGACAAUGCGCGUACCGGAAACUCCAGAUGGCACCCAAGGCACUGGUGCUGCGCUUAGCCAAUGUCCGCUGCAAUCCGAGAUCUAAUCAUCGCGUGACGUUGGCCCUAACGUGCGUUGGGAGUGAGGCUCAAAUAAGUCUGUCUACAUUGGGGAAAUGGAAAAUGGGACGGACGAACACCCCGUGCUGGGAACGCGAGCGCACGCC